UAAAAUAAAAGCAGACAUGCAACCUUGAACUUUCCCGCGGUUUCAAUCGAAGAAGAUGAACGACAACGUGAACGGUGUCGUCAACGAGGCUGAGCAGCUACAAGAGUGGUUUAGGCGGUGGGUGCCGGAUCCAUACGGCGUGCUCAAGGACAUCGAUAAGUUCUUCCCUCCGGGAAAGGAGAAGGGCAGGCUGGACCCCUGUUCUUUCUACUGCUCCUACCCUAGAUGCUUUGAAGAGGAUUUGCAACAAGGUUGGCCCAUGAUCGAGUCUGCUUUGGAAAAGUAUGGUGUUGGAUGGUAUGCAUGUAUCAUCUCCACAGAUGAAUACACAUCAGUAGUCCAUGAAACGCAUUGCAUCAUAUUCAUAACAAAACCGACUAUGGAGCCAGAUACUAUCAUCAACGUUCAAACUCUUCUUCAACUUCUUGCAUAAAGAGUUUCUGUGCCUAUGGUAUGUAAAUUCUUCAGCUUCUUCUAGUCUGUGUGAGGAUAUGAUUGAUAUGUAAGUUCAAAUGAUUUGCCGUAGAUUUGAUGCUAAUUAAGGAUAUAGUAGUAGUAGUAGUAAGAAAGGAUGCAUUGUUCGUAAAGUUCACCUAGCAUGUCAAAUUAAGAAAGCGGUGAAGAAAUUCGAAGCCUUACGUUUUGAUUAAUCUUGAAGGCUUGUUGUGGGGGGUUUCCGAUCGAAAUAGUGUUCUAGUAUUAGUGUUGAAACUAUGAGAAUAACAAGGCUGCAGAUGUGGGUUCACCCCUGUUCAUGUUAUAAUUUCAAAGCUAGCAAUAGCUAGUUAGCUCUUCUGGUUGUUAA